GAAGAUAUCCAUCAUUUGUCGCAACCUCAAUCUGGAGCUCCACAAGCAGCACCAUUCACCACCACACGCCCUUGUUGAGUUGCUCCCCAUAUUGAUGAUGAUGAGCCCACGUACUGUGCUUGUGGCGCUGGCUGUGCUGGCGUGCCUUGCCUGCUCCGCAUUGGCUUCCCAACCCAUGCUCGCAUGGUCGCAGGAUGAGAGCUUGGCGUCGUUGAACGUGGCAGAUGCCGCCACCUCAGAGCAGCUCGUUGCCUCCUUUAUGCAGCCCAAGGCAGCCACCGAGCGCGUUUCCCUCAUCUUCGUGCAACAAGACGUGACCGUUGAGGACCUCACCACCUUCUCUCAGAGCACAGAAGAGACACCUUUCCUUCAGAAGGCACACGCUGGCGCCUCUUCCCGCGCCUUCGCCCAAGCACCCACUCCUCUCUCGAACAGCGACCUGCUGGCUCUCGUGAACGAGGCUGAGUCAUCCAUCGUUCUCGAUGCUGCAGAUGUUACCGCCGAGGCUGUGCAGGGCAGUGCUGUUGUUGUUGUCCGCCUUCCCAGCCGCGCCUCCUGCAACAUGCUCACCACAGACGCGACAGUAGAGUCGAUUGUGUCCACCGUUGACGCCGCCGUUGACGCCCCGAUGACCGUCGCCUUUCUCGGCACCACCCCCACCACCAUGGCAGCCCGUCCCCGCGCCCGCCGCUCCGCCGCCGUGCCCUCCAUCGCCCAGCAGCGCCUCAGCCUCCUCCCAGAGCCGACCUAUGUUGCGUCUCGCCCUGAGCAGCGUCACGAGGUUGCCCUGCAGUGGUUCAGCAUCCCCAUCCUCUCUGGCGUGAUUGUGGGCCUGUUGUUUGUGUUCACCAUCAUUGUUGGGUCGUGUGGGCUCCUUGUCACGCAGACGCCCGAGCAGUGGCCCGAUGCAGCCCACGACAAGAACCUAGACGUGCCCCAGUAAACGCUUCCUUCCACCCACCACCCCGAGGACUGAAGGAGAAGCGCACA